GGGAGAAGAGAUUAGUGUUUUGUUCCUUCUUUAUUUCUUCAGAGUGAAACAGGGGGCAGGUGAGGAAGGUUUUUGAACUUUGGUUAUUUCAUACUUCAUCGACAGAGAGAGAAAAAAUCGGUUUUUUUUUCCUUUCUUUUUCAGACUAAAAGAGGGGGCAGGUGAGGCAGUUGUCAGAGACGAUGAUGAUGGUGAAUGAUGAUGCUAUCAAUGACGAUUAAUUCAAAUUAAUGAGUCGUCGCAAGAGGUAAAGAGGACGCAGAUUUUGAGGGAGGUUCUUAGAGGGUCUGAAGAGCUUUCCUUUCCUUUGCACGAUUGAGACGGAGGAGGAGGAAUUUAGGGAAGCAAACUACCGGAAAACAGAAGGGGUUUUCUUCGGGAAGAAAGGGAAACAUAAAUAGAUAGGAAGAAGGGAGACCCGAGAAUGGAGGAUAUGAACAUUGAUUUUGUGGUAGACAUACCUGACACUCCUGAUAGAAUAAUUUCAUGCCAAACCAACACUGGGGAGCAAACUAGAAGAGAUAGUAAUUCAACAGUACUUGGUCUUUCAAGAAAUUCUGGUCAUAUAGAUGAAGAAUGUUUUAAUCAGCGAAAGGACAGUGGCAUAGUAUUUGAAAACGGGCAAGAUAAAAUACUUCAUUUUCAUCAUCGGAAAGUUCCCAGGUCUGAAACCGAGGGUCGUAACAAGGAUGGUGCACUUUUAUUUAGGAAAGCAGCUGUGGAGAAGAACUCUGGGCAUGAAAAAAUGCAUUUCAAUGAAAUACAGCACGUGGAUAAGGAGAAAGCUACUUGUCCUCAGUUCCCUUCUAAGUUAUCUGCUUUCCAAAAAGGUAAGAAUGUUGCAGAUUCAAACCAACACAAAAUGCAAGACCAUGUACUUGGAAUGUCCUUCCCGCAGAAUUCAUCUAAAAAUUUUCCAAUUGAAGGGAUCAGAGAAGCUCAAAAUGGAAAAAAUGGUGGUUCUUCAUUACUUGGUGGUCGAAGUUCUCGCAAGACUGUUGGCAUUGCAUGUAAGGGGAAGGAGAAGAUGGGUGGUAUUACAAAUGAUAUUUCAAAUUCAGCUGCGGAUAAAAAAGAUGUUGAUAUGUCCAGUGAAUCUCAACCUCAAUUUGAGAAACGCCCAUUACUGUCUCAUCAGCCUAUUAACCCCACUAGAGCCAAUGGGCAGAGAAGAUUGGUACGAAAUGGUUGUAUUUCUCCCCAUGUCAUCGCAGCUAGGGCUAAACAAGUAGUGGAACAUCAUUUGGACGGUAGUAGAGAUAAUGAUAUUGGACAGAGUCAUAGUAGGAAGGUGGUUUCCAGUGAUACCUCGCCGAUAGAUAUCAGAGAUAUUGUCGCCGAUGACAAUGUUAGUAAAAAAUUGAAGGGAAAGGGGGUAUUAUUCCACUCUCAUACACUGAGAGAACCUGUUCGAGAAACUAAUCACUUAUCUUGCAGUCCAAAUCUUAAUAAAGAGGAAGCUAAUGGAACCAGUGAUGCAAGUGGAGAUAUACUUGGAUGCUUUGAAGGAUUAGGUGGAUGGAGAAGCACUCGCUAUCGUACAAAGAAAACAGAUCAAUCACUAUAUAGCACAUCUCAGCAUCCUUCUGGAAUAAACAAUGUUGAGCGCAUUGGUGACCCACAGAUAAUCAGAGAGAAUGCGAGGGAUAAAAGAAAUACAGCUAACAUAGUCACCAAAAGGCAGCAGAGGAAUGGAUUGAACUCAGAGAAUCAUGGUGCAUGCGCUGGAAAUGUUUCUGGUGAACAAGAAGUUGUUUUUCUUGGUUCUUCUGGGGAAUCUUCUAAUUCAAGAUCAUCCAAAAUCUGGAAUCAUCAUCAUCAAAUUAUGCCUGGUUUAGUUUUUGAAGUUGAUGAUUCAUCACCUGAUGUGGUAUGCAAUCGUUCUCGAGGUACUAUAUGCAGUAACAGUGAUGAAUCUGAUGCAAGGGCAAGACAAGUCGAAGCAGAUGAGAUAUUGGCACGUGCACUCCAAGAACAGUUAUAUCAAGAAGCAACAAUAUCUGGUGGAGACAACGAGGUUGAUGAAAGUGUUGCGUGGGCACUGCAGCAGGAGGAGAAUCUAGUUGUUCCUGGUUCUAGUCAUAAUCGCCAUAGAAGAGAGCAUAGAAGCUCUUCAAUACCUCGUUUGCGCAGACAACUCCAGACACAGUCUUUGCCGGGUUCUUCAAAUCGGAGAGUAUCCCAGGCUCAAGCUUCCACUCCUGUUAGAAUGAGGCAAUUUAGGAGUCGCUUUUCUGGCCGGGCGCCUGCAGCAUCAUCUAGACCAAGGAACUUCAGGUUCCCUGCACAUAUGAAUUUAGAGAUGAGACUUGAUAUAUUGGAGGAAAUGGAGGCUGCACUUGAGGACCUUGGUGAUCCUUUGAGCAUGACCAGUCACUUUCUCCAAAUCCAACGUGAUUUCAAUGCAAAUGAUUAUGAAAUGCUAUUGGCUCUUGAUGAGAACAAUAACCAACAUGUUGGGGCAUCCGUCAAUCAAAUUAAUAGUUUACCUGUGUCUAAAGUGCAGACUGAUGCUUUCGGAGAAGAUUGUGCAAUUUGUCUAGAGACCCCAACUACUGGUGAUUCCAUUCGUCAUCUCCCUUGCUUACACAAAUUUCACAAAGAUUGCAUUGACCAGUGGCUCAGACAGAAAUCAUCAUGUCCAGUUUGCAAAUCAUCAAUAACUUCAAACUAGCAUUCCCAUUGCUUUAGAGAGGCAGAUUGAGAUGUUAAGUUUGACAAGCAAUCUGGGUUAAAGGCCUUAAUGUUCCCUGAACAAAUAUGGAGUGAUUGAUAACCAUGUGGAGGAUGAAAAUGUUGAUUAGCGGACAUGGAACACGAGCAGACAUGGGCUCUAGGCUCUUGCUGGUGUGGGUCAAGGGAUCAAUAUCCCAAUCAUUUUGAUAUGUGCUAAUGCGUUGCUAUCUAAUGCUCAAAACAGAUUCAAGCUUGCAUUUUUUUUUCUCACUGAGAUCUUUUAGCAAGGAUCUUUUGCAGGGUAGCUGUAAUGUAGUUUGUUUUUUGCUUAUUACCCAACCCAACUUCAGUUUUACAGUGAAAUAUGAAUGGCAAAAUGGUUCUUGAUUACUGAUAGUUGCAACUA